UAUUACCAUAAAAACCUUUUGUUUCCUCUCUGUCCUCUGCUCUCUCCCUCUCUUUCUCUCUCUUUCCAUGGCCUCCUCGUCUGGGAGCUUGGACACCUCGGCUAACUCGCACCCAACAAGCUUCACUUUCUCGACCCACCCAUUCAUGACCACCUCGUUUUCCGACCUGCUUGCCUCAUCCUACGAUGAUGAAUCUAACAACAACAACAACAACACAGAGAACAAGCAAUUUCGUGGGCUGUCGGAGCGUAUAGCCGAGAGAAUGGGGUCGGGUGUGCCUAAGUUCAAGUCGAUACCACCUCCUUCUUUGCCCAUUUCUCCGCCUGCUGUGUCUCCCUCUUCCUACUUUGCUAUCCCCGCUGGGAUGAGCCCGGCUGAGCUCUUGGACUCCCCUGUUCUUCUCAACAGUUGUAACAUUCUGCCUUCUCCAACGACAGGAACAUUCCCAGCUCAGGGCUUCCAGUGGAAGAGCAAUUCUGACAAUAAUCGGCAGAAUGUUAAACAGGAAGACAAAAACUACUCAGAUUUCUCUUUCCGAACCCAAAACAGGCCCCCUUUAUCAUCAACAACAACAAAUUUCCCGUCUUCAAAUACCACAAUUCAAACUUCACAGCAACAACCAUGGACUUUCCAAGAACCCACCAAGCAGGAUGAAUUUUCCUCGGGGAAGAAUAUGGUAAAAACAGAAUUCGGUUCUAUGCAGAGCUAUUCCCCUGAGUUUUCCACCAUACAGACCAACACUCAGGCAAACACCAACGGCAGGUCCCAAUCAGAUUAUGGAAAUUACCACCAGCAGCCUCAGACACUCAACAAAAGGUCUGAUGAUGGAUACAAUUGGAGAAAAUAUGGUCAAAAACAAGUGAAAGGAAGCGAAAAUCCAAGAAGUUAUUACAAGUGCACAUACCCCAAUUGCCCUACAAAGAAGAAGGUUGAGAGGUCCUUAGAUGGACAAAUUACUGAGAUAGUUUACAAGGGUAGUCAUAACCAUCCCAAGCCUCAGUCUACAAGGAGAUCCUCCUCAUCAUCAUCAGCUCUUCAUGCAAUUCAGGCGUCUAAUGCUGCCACCCCUGAAAUUCUUGAUCAGUCAUUUGCCGCACAUGGUAACGGACAUAUGGAUUCGGUUGCGACCCCGGAGAACUCUUCGAUAUCAAUAGGGGAUGAGGAUUUUGAUCAGAGUUCUCAAAAGAGUAAGUCCGCAGGGGAGGACUUUGAUGAAGAUGAGCCUGAUGCCAAAAAAUGGAAAAAGGAGGGUGAAAAUGAAGGUCUUUCUGCACCUGGGAGCAGAACAGUGAGAGAACCUAGAGUUGUAGUUCAGACAACUAGUGAUAUAGAUAUUCUAGAUGAUGGAUACAGGUGGAGGAAAUAUGGGCAGAAAGUGGUAAAGGGUAAUCCAAAUCCAAGGAGCUACUACAAAUGCACACAUCCAGGAUGUCCAGUGAGAAAGCAUGUCGAGCGAGCGUCACAUGAUCUGAGGGCAGUGAUCACAACCUAUGAGGGGAAGCACAACCAUGAUGUUCCUGCAGCCCGUGGCAGUGGUGGCCAUUCUGUCAAUAGGCCUUUGCCAAGCAACAAUAUGAACGACAACAAUGCAGCCACAGCAAUUAGGCCAUCGGCCAUUACCCAUCACACUAACAAUUCUAUGAACAACACUCUUCACAAUCUAAGACUACCAGCAUCUGAAGGGCAAGCACCCUUCACCCUGGAGAUGUUGCGGAGCCCCGGGAGCUUCGGCGGAUUCUCGGGAUUCGGGAACCCAAUUGGUUCAUACAUGCCCCAACCACAAGGCACAGACAAUGUGUUUUCUGGAGCCAAAGAAGAACCAAGAGAUGACAUGUUCUUCGAAUCAUUGCUUGCAUAGUUAUUGGGAGGUUUGGACUUUGGAGGGAAUAGGAUCUCAGAUUAAUAAGAAGCGCAGGUUCAUUUCAUUUAUUGCAUUUUUUUGUUUGUUCUGUUGUAGUAAAUAUAUAUAUAUUUCCACAGGAGGGAUAUAUUGUUCUUGUAUAUUCAAAACUGUAUGUGAUAGAUAAGGUUCUUCACUUAUUUUUUUAUUGGUUUGAGGCCCAUUCUUGGCUAGAAUUGAAGAGCCUCAAUUCACUUUUUGUUAUCACACCUGUUAGUGAUUUUUUUCGUUCCUAGUAAAGCAAGGAAAGUUGUUUAUGUUGCUGGGGGCAAGAAUGAAUCAAAAACAUGUACUUGUUUUGAGUGGCAAGAGGAAAGACUGAUACAACUUUUUGAGUG